AUGACGGAUAUAUGGCCAGAGUUCAAUCAGGCAACUGACAUGGCAGAUCCAAAGUUUGAGGUUGGGAUGAAGUUCAGUGAUUGUAAAGUUUUUAGAGUGGUUGUGAGAGAACAAUUUGUAAAGAGGAAUAGGGAUGUUGUAUUUGUGAGAAGUGAGACUUUCAAGCUAAAGGCAGUUUGUGCAGAUCCAGAUUGCCCAUGGGAGAUAUAUGCUUCCAAAAUGCAACAUGAGAAGACCCUGCAGGUUAAGAAAUAUGAGGGUGAACACACUUGUGGUAUUGUUUGGGAGAACCCCACUGUGAAGUGUAGUUGGCUCAGUGCCAAAUAUAUGGAAACAUUGAAGAGCAAUCCAAGUUGGCAAGUUAGCUCAUUCAUGGAGACUGUGAAGAAGGAUUAUAACAGUGGAGUUUCUAGGCAACAAGUUUAUAGGGCAAAAGAGAGGGCAUUGUGGCAAAUUGAGGGAAUAUACACAGAACAAUACUCCAGAAUUUGGGAUUAUUGUGAAGAGUUAAGGAAGACCAAUCCAGGAACAACAACCAAAGGUGUAUAUGGAGGGAAAUUUUUAGCAGCAGUUGUUAUAGAUGCUAAUAAUGAAACAUGGGAGAUUGCGUAUGCAGUGGUUGAGUCUGAGUGCAAGGACUCAUGGGUUUGGUUUUUGGAAUCGUUGGUACAGGAUGUAGAGAUUGUUAACCAGUUUGGAUACACUUUCGUAUUAGACAAGCAGAAAGGAUUAUUACCAACUUUUGAGCAAGUUGUUCCUAAUAGUGAACACAGGUUUUGUGCAAGACAUCUGUUCACCAACUUCAUAUUACAAUUCAAAGGGAAAGCUUUGUCUGACAAAUUCUGGGGUGCUGCAAAAGCAACAACUGUUUCACAGUUUGCAAGACAGAUGGAAGAGUUGAAAAACCUUGAUAUGGAUGCUUAUGCUUAG